UCCUCCAGUGGGCGGGGUAGCGGGGCUCUGCCUCGGCCGCUCACAGCCGCUCGCAGCCGCUCUCUCCUCCACUCAUGCGAACCCGCUGAAUGUGAUGGACUAGCCGGAGGUCGCUCUGGUGCUUGGACUGUCGGUGUUGGGGCUCGGGCGACCCGCUGGACCAUGGCUGCCAAAGACGACCUGUACAGUAAAAUCCUCCCGCGGAGGCUCCGGCAGAACCGACCGGGCUCAGUGAAAUGCGGCUCCAACCUUGACGUGCUGUUGUCCAUGGGCUUCCCCAGACCAAGGGCACUGAAAGCUCUGGUAUCAACAGGAGGCCGGAGUGUGCAAGCAGCAUGUGACUGGCUGUUUUCCCAUGUGGACGACCCGUUCCUGGAUGACCCACUGCCCAGGGAGUUCGUCCUCUACCUGCGGCCCAGUGGACCACUUCAGAACCAGCUCUCCCACUUCUGGCAGCAGAGUCGAGUCACUUGUGGCAAAAACAAAGCCCACAACAUUUUCCCUCAUAUCACUCUCUGCCAGUUCUUCAUGUGUGCAGACCACAAAGUAGAAGCUCUAUGUGAGGCCCUCCAGGCCACCGUACAGCAGUGGCGAGGUCGUUUUCCGACCCCGCUGCCCCUAGAACUCUACACAUCCUCCAACUUCAUUGGUCUCUUUGUGGAGGAGCAGGUGGCCGACAUCCUCAAGCAGUUUGCGGCUGACUUUGCCACAGAGGCUACGAGGAAAGCAGAAGUCCAUGUGGAGCCUCACAAGAAGCAGCUCCAUGUGACUCUGGCCUACAACUUCCCCACUGACCACCUCGCCUCACUGGAGAAACUGGCUAAAGGCAUCGAAGUCAAGCUGGGCUGUGAUUGGCUGGCUGUCUUGUUCUCCCGGGACAUUCGUUUUGCUAACCAUGAGACGCUGCGGGUGAUGUACCCCUACAUGCCUCAGAAUGAGGAUGAGCUGGAGCUGGUUCCUGGGGAUUUUGUCUUCAUGUCUCCAGUGGACCAGAGUAGCACCAGUGAGGGCUGGGUGUACGGGACCUCACUGGCCACCGGGCUUUCUGGCCUGCUGCCGGAAAACUAUGUCAGCUUGGCUGAUGAAUCCGACACUUGGGUCUUUCAUGGCUCCCAUUCCUUCUUCAGUUGUGGGCCCAGUGACAAGAGCAGUAAGGAGAGAGGGAUGUUUGAUGGACUGCUGGACAGCCGACGCCCUGAUAACACGAGUCCUGGAGACACGCCCACCCUCAGUCUCAUUUGUCAUCCAAUGCAGGUCCUGCGGAUCAGCAGUGGUCAUUCUCGGCAGUCCAAGCGCACACUUUUUGUCUGCCGACACGGUGAGAGGAUGGAUGUGGUCUUUGGCAAACACUGGCUCUCCCUCUGCUCAGACAGUAAAGGUAGAUAUGUACGUUCCAAUCUGAACAUGCCUCCCAGUUUGCCUCUGUGGGGGGGGCAGAGAGACUAUGACAUGGACACUCCUCUCACUGUGUUUGGAUCCACACAGGCUCAACUAGUGGGUGAGGCCCUACUAGAGAGCAGCACAGUGAUAGACUUUGUGUACUGUUCUCCCUCUCUGCGAUGUGUUCAGACUGCACAGAACAUCCUGAAAGGUCUGCAGCAGGACAGUAAAGUGAAGGUGAGAGUGGAACCAGGGCUUUUUGAAUGGACCAAGUGGGUUUCUGGGAACUCCCUGCCUGCAUGGAUACCCCCGACUGACCUGGCUGCUGCCAACUUCAGUGUGGACACAUUGUACAGACCCUUGAUCCCAGUCAGCAAGCUCACUGUGUCUGAGUCGUAUGAGAACUACAUGAGUCGAAGCUACCAAGUGACCAAAGAUAUCCUGUCGGAUUGUAAAAACACUGGUAAGAGAAACACAGCAGAGCCACUUGAGCUUUUGGAGGAGGUUGAUGAGUCUGUGAAACAACGUGCUGAUUGUAGCCCACGCUUCUUCCUUAGAGGCCUGCACACGCCAGCUGCAGGGCCGCAGCCCGCAGAGCGCCAAGGACUUCAUCCAAGUCGUCCGAAAGAUCCCCUACCUGGGCUUCUGCUCCAGUGAGGAGCAGGGGGACACAGGGGUGUGGCAGUUAGUGGACCCUCCCAUCCUGCCCCUCACACAUGGACCAAACCACACCUUUGACUGGAGGGAGACACUUCUGCAAGAAUGAUGUCUUCCUGACAAGUUCCCCCCACCCUAGCCCACCCAACCCGCUCAUACUGUACUCCUACAGGAUGCGGUAACAAGUUCGAACCAUUGGAACGUUUCUCUUUUUAGCCUCGUUCACGCAGCUGCUGGUGUCGUAGCUGUGACAGCUGAAGGAGCUUCCUGCCUGAAGAUGAGCCCAUGGUGAACUGACUGGUUCCACAGUGAUUUAACAAAUGUAAAUGCCCCAAAAUUAAAAAAAAAAUGCCAGUGCAUGGUUGGGUGUUAUAUGCAUUGUGUGGGAGAGCACUCAUGGCAAUUCAGUUAAAUCAUCAGUCUCAGGUAAUUUUGUGAAAUUAGCAUAAACUCUGCCUCUGUGCAUGAUUAGCUAGACAAAAAGAAAUAGAUUAAACAUGAUUAGAACAAUUGAAGUAAUCCCAUUCAAAGCUAGUGCAGAAUAUGAAAGUUUGGGUAUUUUUUCUUAGUUCUCGGAAGACUCAGGAUUUCUAUUUUGUUAAGUUUAUUUUUGCAGAAAUGUUUUCAUAUUCCACUGAGCCAAAUUAGUUUAGUUCCCUAACUGUAAACAACGUUCAAGAUAGCUAGCUCUGAACUCAGCACACUCUGGCUUGGUUUACUUUUCGAAACCAUUUGUUUAACAUUUGCUGUGUCUGAUGUCUCUCUCUUGUUUACUCAUUCACUUUAGUGGGACGUAAACAGGUGCAUGUGUUACACCUUGUUAUACCUUGUAGAGCUAUUAUCAACAAGCAGUGCUCGUUAGUACAAUAGUAUUCAGUUGUACAUUAGGGAUCACUUUAGCUUAUUAACAUUUAAUCUUGUUGAAGCUAGCAUACUGGAACGAAAUGUGUGUAAUGCCAAAUUCGUUCGAACUUGAUUUAAAAAACACUUAAAGCCCUAGUCUCAUUAGCAUGUCAUAAUGUAAACAUGAAAAUGUUGCUUGAUAACAUGUUAAUAUUAGCACAGCUCCGCUUUUACCUGAUCUCAAUUUAAACCUUUUUUCACAGCUUAACAACAUAGCUCCACUUAUGUCAACCAUUUAAAAACAAAUUUGUUUCACUAGUUAGUUAUAUGCACUACAGCCUCAAGGGGUGCUAGAGUGGGCGCAGAGCUUUAGGGAGUUGAAGGUUGUAGGGAUGUCGCAAUUAACCGAUUAUACGAUAUCUACGGUUUCAUAACGUCACGGUUUCAUAAGAGUAAGAAUUGUGAAAACUACUAUAUCUAACUAUGGCGUCCUGCCUCUCGCGACAUGCGCGAGCCACUGAAACGUUAGUUGAGAAGAGGGAACUGACUUAACAGCCUUAUUUCCACCAACGCUGGACAAAAACUCAAUCGGAGGAGUUCACAGUGAGAGGAGAAAUCCUUGUUUACUUUUGGGUUCUGAACAGCUCGUAAGGAGGGGCGGACACACCCCCUCUCUCUGGCGCCCUCUCUCUCUCUUCCUAUUCACCAUUAUAAAUGUAGCCGAGAGUUUAAUUCACCUAUAGAGAGGUAAUAGUAUAAUAAGAACAGGAAGAAUGUGACUUGAACCAGGACAAUAUGCCCGUUUACUUUUUCACAACUAGUCAAUGGGUCGCUCCCAAAACAACUUCCGUCGGUGACCCUUCACAAUAAAAGUCCCACACAGAUAUAUUGCUUAUGAUGACCGGAAACACAAAUUCACUGACCAACCUUUCACAUAAGGCAACUAAAUAAAAUAGCUUACAUGAAUUACUUUUAUAUAGCCAAUUGUUACACUGUAUAAAAUAACUGGAUAUUGUUCAUGAUAAUACAAAACAACAAAACUAAAAUUUCAUAUUGUGACAACCCUAGAAGGUGGACAUUUGUGCAAAUAUUGUCAUAUCAAGGAGUGAGAGUAACUAAAUGUAUAAUUUGCAUACAGAUGAUUUGAUUUGAGUUUGUGCCUAUUUCACGAAAUUUAAUGAGACUAUUGAGUAUUAAAUAUUUCUAAAAAAGUGAUAACAGUACUGCUUCCCUGCACAGAUCGCAGUUUCAACACACUGUACAUGAGAAUACGUGCACAUGGGUUGAACCACAGGGCUUCUGACCAGAAUGAAAACAGAUAAUAACAUAUUAGCUCUGGCUUAAUGUGGCCCCUCUAUUUUGGUGCCACAUGUAGCACAUACAGUACUGUGUCCUCUACCAGUCAUGUAGUGUAUUUUACACUCAAAUAUAUCAGCACAGCCUGCACUAUUGACAAUCAUACAGUAGCUUCUUGAUACUGGUCCAGCAACAUUUUGAGUCUGUGUUUGUUUGUGUGUAGUUCAGGGGUUCAGAGUAGCUGUAAAUAAUACUUUUUUGGAAAAGAAAAAAAGUCUUCCGAUUUUGUUUCUAUUUAUUUAUAAACAUUUUUUCCAUAUGUUAGAGGAAAAAAUGUUAAACUAAAUUUUUUUUUUUGGGGGGGGGGGUCAUCGCUUUUAACAGCAUGCAAGAUAUUAUCUCAGGUGUUGACUGCAUUUAAGACAAAAUGUGUAUAUGCAGCUCUGAAAACUGUUGCAUAAAUUGAGUGACUGUUGUUGUGAGUAAACCAUUUGAAUUAAAGUGAUGUCUCCUAAUGUACGGACUGCCCACUCAUAGCUACAGAGGAAUUUGUGAACUCAGUCUGCGGCAAACAGGAAGCUUUGCCUUUGAUGAUUUUUGAUGCACGUCAUACAUGUAGCGUAUCAACAGAUCAUAAAAGUUGCAUGUUUUGAAUUUAUUACAAGACAGUUCUUUAUUAAUCUCUCUCUAUUCUGGGUCACUUUUUUGGAAAGUUUUAGAUAUUUUAUAUUUUGUUGCUAAAAUAUUUGAGUAAUGUGUCCACUCUCUGACACCAGGUGCUUUGGUAGAAUUCCUGUUCAGUAAACAUGGUCAGCAAGAUCUUCACCCGUGGUUGUAUCAUCUCAGUUCUUCCACAAAAAAGGAACUCCAUAGUUUAAUUCGCCAGCAACUACAAAUCAAAGAUAUACAAGCUCUGCCCCGCCCCUCUUUCGAACUCAUGAAAUGUCAUGACUUCAAAGGUAUGGUUGGUAACUGGUUUCUGAAACACUAUCUUAUUUGUGGAAAUCUUCUUCACAUCCCAGCCAUCAAUAUAUAAAGCCGUUGCCUGUGGCCCUCACAGGACAGUAAUAAACAAGAUGGCGUACCUGUCUGCCACUGAGUGACCUGCCUGCCUGCGUGCACCCUGCUCUCACUGCACAUGACCGGAAUCUUCAGCAGGGGAGACACACACCGCUUCUAGCAGUUGUCAGUGCACGUUGAUGUGUUUUGGGGGCGUAGCUUUGACCAGAGCACCAAUGGGAGGGCGUGGGAUUUACCGGUUGUAAGGCAAAGGCUAAAAACUCUGUGACACUGCGGUGAAUCCUACAAAGCUGUAUUCAGGUGUUUUAAUGCGAAAAUGCUCUUUAUAAGUAAAGUAUGAAUAUGUGAAGUAUUGGUUUUAUACAUAGUCUUUGAGAAAGUCAACUUUCUUUGUGGGCUCCAUCCUCUGAAGGAAGUUUAUCUUCUGAGAUCGAACACAGCUACAGUCGAAUACUUUUGUCCUGAAAACUCGAUCACCUUUCAGAAGCCUGAGAAAAAAUACCACUCAACAUUGUUUAUUUCUGUAAAUAAAGAGGUUGUAAAGUGUAAAGCAACAAUAUUAUGUUCAUAUCUGUGACAUAGAGUAACAUAUUGUAUGAGGUUCCACUGUGUUAAAACCGUCAACAAGGUAACACUAUACGGUCUGUGUUCAAACACCUACAUGUUCUCCACUUUUUACCUUUAAACAAAAUAGUUUCAGGCAAAGGUUGUGUCCAUGUGUAACAUUCUCCUGUUUGGUAAAAAUUCUGCCAGGGGUACAGGAAGCUCUGCAGGGUGCCAUAUAUAUGAGGCUGAUAUCAAUCCUAACUGUCUGCACUAAUGGAAACAUGCAAAUUUACGAAAUGUACCACUAUUCUGAUCUUGCUCUUUUUUAGCAUUAAAAAGGUCACAAUAGUGAAAGUAACAGGUUUGUGAAUGCACCCUUAACCGCAGCAUAACUUCAUUUGUUCCUGACCGACUCUUAUCGCUGAAGUGUUUUCAAAAUCCUCACCAUUUUGGAAAUUUUCACUCAGAAACAUCUUCCUUUCAGGAGCCUCAUCGUUCAAUUCAUUCAGGGAAAAAACUCUUCUUGUGUAUUUCUCGUGUAUUUAGUCAAUUUCCAUAUUGAGGAAACAGAGCGCUCAUUACAUCUUAACAUCUGUUGUUCUCUGAGCAGUGAUACUUAAUGAAAUAUACAAUGAAAUAUCAGUUUGCAGAUGCUUUGUUGACACAGGGACACAUUGACACAGACACUGAGAAGAAAUUCACUGCAGCCACACAAAGGUGAAAGAUCUCUCCGCAGUUAUUUUAUUAUUAACAUAUACAUUUCAUCACGCAGCAAACUGGAGAGGAACAUGUUGUAUUACAGAGUUCGCAGAGUGAAGAGUGAACAGAGCCAUGAGGAAGAAGCCAUGUUGUUCCUGUAUUCUUUAUUUAUUGUCACAACAUAUCACCAAACAUGUACAGGAAUUCAUUUAAAGUCACUUUCUUUUGAAAUCAAAAAUAUAUUUGUUGGUUUGUUAUUUUAAGAUGAGGAGCAUCCAGAGGCUUCAAGUAAAGUUUGUUUUAAAUUGGUCUUCUGUGUGUUUGUGAAGCGCUGAGUAAUGAAGAAAGAGGCUGUGCUUUUUAAACAGCUGUAAUAUUUUCACAUGUUCACUACUCUUUGGACAGAAAGACAGCAACACAUCAUUCUGUGAUUUGUGGGGAAAGAGUUAAUGUGCAGUUUGGUUUUGUUCUGAUGGAGCUUGAAAUAAAAGCAUAAAUGUCUCUCCAUGGCAAUAACAUGGUCCAACAACAGGUGAGCAAAGUCACUAUUUAACCAUCUAUGCCGCCAAUACUGUAAAGAACAAAGAAACUCAAUAAAAUCCUACAUCCUUGA